AUGACUGGUCAUGUGAUCGGUCUCAACCUUGGUUCGGGUGGGCUUCAAGGCAAUAUCCAUUCCAAUAGCAGCUUAUUCUCCCUCGGCCAUCUCAAGAGGCUAGACCUCUCUGAAAAUGAUUUCAGAGGUUCCCCAAUUCCAUCCAAAUUUGGUGGCUUUGUAAGUAUGACUCACCUUGACCUCUCUUACUCCAAUUUCAGUGGCCCAAUCCCUUCCGAAAUUCCCCACCUUUCCACCUUGGUUUCACUCAAUCUUUCGCAAUAUUCAUUUCCAGUUGUGCCACAUGUUGAUACUCUUACUUUUAACAGAAUUGUUCAAAACCUAACCAAUCUUAGGGAGCUUGUUCUAAACGAAGUUGAUAUGUCAUCAAUUGUACUUGAUUCAUUCAAAAAUCUGUCUUCUUCUUUGAAAACUCUUGAACUCUCUGAUUGCCACUUGCAAGGAAAAUUCCCAGAAAGCAUUUUCCACCGACCAAAUCUUCGACUCCUAGACUUACGCUAUAACUAUAACCUCACAGGUUAUUUCCCCGAGUCUAACUGGAGCAGUCCACUCGAAGCCUUGCGGCUCUCUUCUACUAGAAUCUCAGUAGAUUGGCAUCACCUGACAAGAAAUUUCAAGUCUUUGAGAGAUUUGUCUCUCAGAAAUUGCAGUUUUGUAGGAUCAUAUCUUGCAUUUCUUGGUAACCUCACACAAAUCAUGCGGUUGGACCUCUCGUCUAACAAUUUUGGUGGCCAAAUCCCAUGGUCAUUCUUUUUAAACCUUGAGAGCCUCGUUUACUUGAAUCUUGCUUACAACAACUUUGUGGGUCAGUUUCCAGAAGUUGAUAGCAACUCGACAUCGAACUCUUCUUUAUAUGAUUUUUCAAAACAACAACUGGUGGGUCCUAUUCCUCGACACUUAACCGUGCUCAUUUUAUAUGAGAACCAACUCAACGGAAUAAUACCAUCUUGGUUAGGUAGUUUGCCAUCAUUGGAGUAUUUAGACCUCAGAAGUAACCAACUCAGCGGUAAUAUCAUUGAGUUCCAAACUCGCUCUUUGUUAUGGCUUUAUUUAAAUGAUAACAAGCUGGAUGGCCUGAUCCCAAGAUCAAUCUUUGAGCUUGAGAAACUUCAGUCGCUUGUUCUAUCAUCCAACCAACUCAGCGGUAAUAUCAUUGAGUUCCAAUCUCGUUCUUUGUCAAUGCUUUAUUUAAGGAAUAACAAGCUGGAUGGCCAGAUUCCAAGAUCAAUCUUUGAACUUGAGAAUCUUGAUUACCUUGAUCUAUCAUCCAACCAACUCAGCGGUAAUAUCAUUGAGUUCCAAUCUCGUUCUUUGUCAUUUCUUUAUUUAAAUGAUAACAAGCUGGAUGGCCUGAUUCCAAGAUCAAUCUUUGAACUUGAGAAGGCUACGGAACUUGAUCUAUCAUCCAAUAACUUGAGUGGCACUGUGGAGUUUGGAUCCAAACUCCAAAGUCUCAGGGAGCUUAAUCUUUCCUUUAAUCAUCUAUCCUUGAGCUUCAACCAUUUGAGAACCUGGCCUCAACUUGACUUACUAGGGAAUUUCAGUCAGAGCCUCUCUGUUUUGAAUCUACGGAAUAAUAAAUUUCAUGGUGUGAUUCCUGGCACAUUUUCUGAGGGAAACGUUUUGAGAAAUCUUGAUCUUAAUGAAAAUCAGUUGGAAGAGUCGUUGCCGCAAUCUUUGCUCAGAUGUAGAGAGUUGGAAGUUCUAGACCUUGGAAACAACAAAAUUCAAGACACAUUCCCAAAUUGGCUGGAAUCUCUUCCGAAGUUGCAGGUUCUUAUCUUGAGGUCUAACAAAUUCUCUGGUGAAAUAUGCUUUCCAAAAACUAAGUUUCCAUUCCAAAAAAUGCAUAUCAUAGACCUCUCCAACAAUCGGUUUAGCGGUCUCUUGCCAACAAAAUAUUUUGAAAAUUUGACGGCCAUGAUAAACUCGCAAGAACAUGGACUGAAAUAUAUGGGAGGGCUCUACUAUCAGGAUACUGUGGUAUUGACAAUUAAAGGCUUCGAAAUUGAAAUGAAGAAGAUCCUGACAUACUUCACAAUUAUUGAUUUCUCAAACAACACUUUUAGAGGAGAGAUUUCAAGUGUAAUUAGUAAGCUUAAAUCAUUGAAGGGGCUUAACUUUUCUCAUAAUGAGCUUACAGGUACAAUUCCACCAUCAUUUGGCGAAAUGAGCAAUCUUGAAUGGUUAGAUCUGUCUUCAAACAAACUUGUUGGGGAUAUUCCGGAGCAACUGGCAAAUUAG